AUGUACGAGCCGCACCUGGUAGACCACGCCAGCGACCAACGCAGAAGUAGUCUCGACGGCGCGUCUCUGCUCGAUGAGCUAGACCGUAUAGCUCCCAUCAAGAGCUUUGACGCGUUCCCAAAGAUCCAAUCCACCUACACCUCGCAGUCGCGUCGAGGGGGCGUCUUGACAGCGCUGGUCGGAGCUAUAAUCUUUCUGCUCGUCCUCAACGAUCUCGGGGAAUACCUCUACGGCGCUCCAGACUAUGCCUUCCAGGUGGAUCACGAUGUCGCAAGAGAUCUGCAAUUGAACGUGGAUCUGACUGUCGCGAUGCCUUGUCGAUUCAUCACCAUCGACCUGAGAGAUGCGGUCGGAGAUAGAUUACACCUGUCGGACGCGUUCGUCAAGGACAAUACGGUCUUCAACGUCGGGAAGGCGCAGUCCACCAUGCGGCUCGCAGCGCCCUCCGCGUCCGAAAUCAUCUCCUCAUCCCGGCGGAGAGCACCGACUCAAUACAAGUCCUUCGAGGGUAUCAGGCGGCUGUUCCGGUCGCGACCAAAGAAGCAAGCGGCGUACCGAGCUACCAAUCCCAAGCUCAAUGACGGUCCCGCUUGUCGUAUCUAUGGCAGCGUGGAGGUCAAGAAGGUCACGGGCAAUCUGCACGUCACGACCCUGGGACAUGGGUACAUGAGCCACGAACAUACGGAACAUCAUCUGAUGAACCUGACCCAUGUCGUCCACGAAUUCUCAUUCGGCCCUUUCUUCCCGUCCAUCUCGCAACCUCUGGACAUGAGCUAUGAGCGAACAGAUCAACCCUUCACAAUCUUCCAAUACUUCCUGCGAGUCGUCCCGACCACCUACAUUGACGCUUCCCGAAGAAGAUUAUCCACAUCUCAAUACGCCGUGACCGACUACUCGCGGUCGUUUGAGCACGGCCACGGCGUCCCGGGAAUCUUCUUCAAGUACGACUUGGAAGGCAUGUCGUUGACGGUGCGGGAAGCGACGACGACGUUGUAUCAGUUCUUGGUCAGGCUGGCGGGGGUGAUAGGCGGUGUAUGGACAAUAGCCUCGUUUGGGUUGAGGAUUCUCAUUAGAGUACAGAGAAAGCUAUGA